AUGACGACUGAGAGAUGUGAUUCAACGCUUGAUUGUAAUUCCACAACAUUUGAUUAUGAUAAUUAUAUCUUAUCAAUGGUUGGUGAUGGACAAUCAACAGAAAAUUCCUCGGCAACUGAAGAUAAUGUCAAAACAGAUUAUCGUUUAUCAUUACCGUCAUCUUCACAUGUUCAUACAUACCGUUUGAACAUCAAUUCGACAAUAAGUGAAAGAAAAAAGAAAUUCUUAUCACGUAUUAUAACUAUUGUUGCAAUAUUUCUUCUUGUUGUUUGUAUUUUACUUGUUACAUUGACACUUCGUCUUGCACAUAAAAUCGACGAGCUUGUCCGUCUUAAACAACUUAUGCCAAAACCGAAUACAUUUCUAAUCAUAUCAACAACAACUUCACCAUCAACAGUAACAACGACAACAACACCCUCAACUUCAUAUACUCUUGUUCAUAGACGACGAACAUCAUCAUCCUUUUUUACUUCAAUUAUUUAA